AGAAAGCGGGAAAAUCGACAGUGUAUUGAUUUCAUAUAAUCACCGUAAGCGGACUCCCGAACAAUUGGCGAGACGUGAAAACUUGAAGACACUGUUUCAUGUCACAUUACAGAUAUGCUAUGAUAGUUAUUUGGUAUCUAUAAUUCUUCUUACGGAAUGUCAGCUAUCAGGAAUUUGACUUGAAGAAAUGGAUCAAGCAAGUUAAAAUCAAAUUAAGGUGUUUGCAAAGCCGACCAAUAAAGAAUGAAAAGACAGAACGUGCGAACCUUGUCGCUGAUCAUAUGUACAUUUACUUAUCUUCUUAUUGGAGCAGCAGUGUUUGAUUCACUUGAAUCCGACUUUGAAAUAGAAAAUAGGCGCAAUCUACGAGAAAGAGAACGCAAAAUCAGAGAAAAAUAUAAUAUCACUGAUGAGCAUUUUGAAAAAAUCAGAAUAAACGUUAUAAAGUCGAAACCCUAUCAAGCCGGUACCCAGUGGAAAUUUUCUGGUGCCUUAUACUUCUCUUUAGUUGUUGUAGCCGUUAUAGGUUAUGGACAUAGUACUCCUAAAACUGUAAGUGGCAAGUUGUUUUGCAUGGGAUACGCAUUAGCUGGAAUUCCACUAUGUAUAAUAAUGUUCCAAAGCGUGGGCGAAAGACUUAACACAUUCAUGUCGUAUGGAUUGAAACAAAUUAAAAAAUGCUUCCGACUUAAGAAAACAGAGGUGUCCCAAACGGACUUGAUUUUUGUGACAAUGAACCUUUCUACAAUCAUUGUAGCCGUCGGAGCUUUAAUAUUUUCCCACUAUGAAGGUUGGGAGUAUAUUGAUUCUCUGUACUAUUGUUUUAUUACGCUAACAACAAUUGGAUUUGGCGAUUAUGUAGCUUUACAAAAGAAAGACAAAGUACAGACGCAUUACUAUGCAUUCAGCUUACUUUUUAUUCUAUUUGGAUUGACGGUUAUAUCAGCUGCAAUGAAUUUGUUGGUGUUACGUUUCCUUACUCUUAAUUCUGAGGAUGAAAGACGAGACGAACUCGAGGCAGCAAUUGCAGCCCAGAAUGCAGUUCAUCUUGAAGGUGACGUCAUAACCGGAAAUGCAGGUGUUGUGGGUAAUGCACAAGAGCGACCUGAUUUUCAAGAGACAUUAUCAGUAUGUUCAUGCUCGUGUUAUAAAUGGAGGUCAGCCAGAGAUAAGAUUUAUGGUGCAACAAACAACCCAACACGUACAAAAUCUUUCAUGUCAAACAAUGUCCCGUCAACAAAGGAGGACAAUAACUCCGAAACUGAUUCAUUUUUAGUUUGGCAACGGAGUAAGCGUGCGUCAUUUUAAACAAUUUCAGUUUUAUUAUCUAUUUACAUUAUACAUGUAUUCAUUAUUUUAUUACACAGCAUUGCUCGGUCAGAAUGAAUAAAAAAAGAUGAAGUUGGUAUAUUUUAUAUCUUUGAAACUGACUUCAAAGCUUCCAGAACGCCUUUUUCUCACAGAAUAACUUGAUAGUUGAGUAAAUCUUAUAUUUUAUCAUGGCUUUUGUCAUGUUUGGUAAUUCUAUGUUGAUAGAAGUUUAACGGACGCCAUCAUGAGUUGGAAUGGAAAGUCUGUUUUACAGAGGACGACCGAUAUGUUCAAAUUGUCGUAACCACAAUCUCUUCCUCUGUUCCUCGUUUGUGACAUCACCGAAUGAGAGUUCUCACCGGAUGUGUGAUUGUCAUGAAUAAAGCGACGGUUGCCAUGCACAUGUGGAGCAGGUGGUGUCUUCCCGAUUGUCCCACUUUUUGAAAAGACAGGUAAAAAAGUAAAAAGUAACAAUCGGGAAUAUGAUUGUGGGACAAUUGGGAUGCUUAAAUAUGGGACAAUCGGGAAUUGUUUUGAUAGUGAUUAAUUUGUUUUUAUAGUGUGCAGUAGUUAGUUACUGGUUACUAAUCAAUGUAUCUUAUAAAAUAUGAAAUAAACAUGAAUAAAUAAUAAUAUA